GCGAGGAAACGCAGCGCGGGCGGCUGCGGCCCCUCCCUGGCCGCCGGCGCGUCUGCUGCUUCCCUCGCCUUUCUCAACUCUUUGAAACCGUCCUCAAAUCACUGCCUCCGAAUGGCUCACGUUUUGGUUCACACUAGGGAAGAAAAACUGAUUUUGUAAUCUAAAUGGACUCCAUACUGAAUUACAACUUGGAAGAUACUGAAGAUUACUACGUAUUACUGGGAUGUGAUGAAUUGUCCUCGGUUGAACAAAUCCUGGCAGAAUUUAAGGUCAGAGCCCUGGAAUGUCACCCUGACAAGCAUCCUGAAAACUCCAAAGCUGACCCUGAGCUUCUCAAGGGCACAGCCUGAUGAAAUGAUGAAUGAUGAUAUUGUUAUUAUCCCUGGAGGUGGAGGAGAAGUGGAGACUUUUCAGAAACUGCAGAAGGCAAAGGAGAUUCUGACCAAUGAAGAGAGUCGAGCCCGCUAUGACCACUGGCGCAGGAGCCAGAUGUCGAUGCCUUUCCAGCAAUGGGAAGCUUUGAGCGACUCAGUGAAAACGUCAAUGCACUGGGCUGUCAGAGGUAAAAAAGAUCUGAUGCUGGAAGAAUCUGACCAGACUCAUACCAACAAGAUUGAAAAUGAGGAAUGCAAUGAACAAAGAGACAUAAAGAAAGAGCAGCAGGAUUCAACCACAGAGAAAAUGGAGCAAAAAGAAUCCGAGUCCAUAGAGAAGUCAUUCUCCCCACAAAAUCCAGAUUCAUCAAGUUUUUCAGAUGUGAAUUGUUUGCACCUUCGUUUCCGCUGGUCUGGAGAUGCUCCCUCAGAACUCCUGAGGAAAUUCAGAAACUAUGAAAUAUGAAAUGUUUCUGCUCAAUAGGAGAGAGAGAGCAAGACCAUGUCCUGUGCCGCCAAGAAAUCCUAAAAAUGUGUUUGUUCAGUUCUUAAAAAUGUCAUGUUUAUAUGUCAUAUUUGUGCAUCUCUGCCCUCAGAUUGAUUCCUCCAUCCUGGAACUCAUUCUCACAAUGUUUUUUAAGUGAGGAAAUUUCCAGAUUGGUUUCUUUUAAUGUUUGAAUAAAUUAAGGUCCUUAGAUCCAAAGUAGCUUGUAUUAUGUGCAUUCUCCUGUUCAUGUUAUUUUUAGAAGUCCAUUUAAAGAUUCUAUCUCUGUAUUUAAAUAUUUCAUUGGUAUAGUGUGGUCUCUAUUAGUGCUGGGUGUACAAGAAAUGCUUUCUGACUCCUGACUUAUGAUGAAAUAUGAAAUUACUUGUUUAAACCCACAGGGUGAAAUAAAUAAUUUACCCAAAGUUCAUAAUUCAACUGUAUUUUGAGAAUAAUUUGAGUAGUUAUUUCUACUUUAAUUUUAAUGAUUAUAAAUUUAAGAGAUUUGAGGAAAUAUGUUUUUAUAAGAUUUCUUUUGUUAUAUAGCAAGGAAUAAAUUUAUAAGUUCUGUUCAAACUAUGAAAAUGGGCUGUUAGGUAAGACAUACUUUUUAGGUUGGGGUUAUUGAUGGCCAUGUGUGGUUUAUGGUUACUUUUUAGUUGCAAACAAGUGAAUUAAAAAUUAAGAAGAAAAACAAUUUUAGAGCAGAGGUUUUUUAGUCAAUGAUAGAGUUUUCACUGGUUACUGCAAAAUGAGAAAAAUAAAUUUUUUUGAAAAGCUAAAUUAUUCAGAAAUGAUGUCCUUCCUACCUUUGUGGUUUAAAAUGUGCUUUAAAAUUUUUUUUAUGAACUAGUAUCACAGUAGAUUGUAUUAGUUCAAUAGGGCUGCCAUAAAACAAUACCACAGGUUGGGUGGCUUUAACCAGUGUUCCUUACAGUUCUGGAGGCUGGAAGUCCAAGAUCAAGGUGCCUGCAGGUUUGGUUUCUUCUGAGGCCUCUCUCCUUGGCUUGCCACUUACUCAGUGUGACUGCACACAGUCUUUCUCUGUGCAUGCACAUCCCAGGUAUCUUUACCUCCUCUUCCAAUGACACCAGUCAUAUUGGAUUAGGGACCACCCAAGCAACCUCCUUUUAACUUAAUCUCCUCUUUAAACAUCUAAUGUCCAAAAAAUGUCAAUUCUGAGGUAGUGGGGAUUGGGACUUCAACAAACAAAUUUUAGGGGAACACAAUUUAGUCUAUAACAUAGACAAAAACUGAGAAAAAACAAAGCAAAUAUAACCCUUUGUUGUGUCUCUUAAUUUUAUUUUAAUUUUUGCUGUUUUAUCAAAUCCAAAAGUUAGGGCCAGCCCUUUAGAGAAUUCCUUCUAUUAAUAUUUUUUUAUUAAGGUACCAUUGAUACACACUCUUAUGAAGGUUUCACAUGAAAAACAAUGUGAUUACUACGUUCACCCAUAUUAUCAAGUCCCCUCCAUACCCCCAUUGCAGUCACUGUCCAUCACUGUAGUAAGAUGCCACAGAGUCACUACUUGUCUUCUCUGUGCUACACUCUCUUCCCCGUGACCCCCCACACACCGUGUAUACCAAUCAUAAUACCCCUUAAUCCCCUUCUCCCUGCCUCCCCACCCACCCUCCCACAACCCUCCCCUUCGGUAACCUCUAGUCCCUUCUUGGAGUCUGUGUCUGCUGCUGUUUUGUUCCUUCAGUUUUGCUUCAUUGUUAUACUCCACAAAUGAGGGAAAUCAUUUGGUACUUGUCUUUCUUCACCUGACUUAUUUCACUGAGGAUCCUUCUAUUAAUAUUUUACCACUUCAGUAAAAUGUGAUUUGGCAUUAUUAUCAUAUCUGCAAGUUUUACUUCAAAAAUAGAAAAAAAGUACCUUUUUAAAGCUUACAAUUUUUUUU